AUGUCGGUUUACGAAACUAGUACACAGAAUUGUGGCCGAAAUAGCCCUGGUGUAUUUUCUCAUGAAGAUGGCUCAACUACGCUGAUAUAUGGUUUGCCUUCAAUGUUCACAUCUGAAAUACUUUACAAUGGACCAAAAUGCAUAGUUAAGCCUGGUCAGGAUGAAUCAUCUCCAAGUAAUAACAAUAAAAAUAGUAAUGGAGAUUCUGGAACUUUGUUGAACACUUGCAGAGAAUGUCGGGAAGAAUGCCAUUUAGAUCCUGUCUCGCAUCGUCACAUAGAUACUCCGAUUCCGAAAAACACAAGAAACUCUCAGAAAUUUCCAGAAGUUGGGUCAUGCGAUUCGGCAGCGUGUCUUCCAGAAAGCGAGUUGUCCGAUAUCCCUUUGGACUCCAGUGGUGAAGACAAAAAAAAUUUCGAUGUUUCAGAUAUUUCAAACCAGUUGGUUCUUUUAUCUCCUUUUUCGGGGAAAAAGUUCGCAAGCAUCCAUUCAGAAAACCUAUAUAGAAUGAAAGCGAUGUCUGAUAUAAAUAGAGAGAAGACUGGGAACGGCAUUUUAUCCUCGACUGUACCGAUUCAAACUACUUUCUAUCCAAUGUGUAGUUCUGUAACGAUGCCUUCUGUAGAGGAUGGACUUUCAAGUGGUAGUGAUUCACUUAGUCCGUGCUAUGCUUCGAGACCUCGUACAAUAGAAUCUUCGUUCAAUAUCCACUCCAUUUCUGGCAGCCCCGAUUCAGUAACAGAUGUAUAUUGUGGUAGGCCUAAUGGUAAUUCCGGUACUGUAAGCCCCAUAGGAGAAACACUGCUAAACCCUUCUCUGGUGCGUGAUAUCUCUAAUGACAUCAGGGACAUCAAACGAACUUUGAGUGCUGCAGAGCACACAAGAACAAACAUUCAUUCAUGUGAGCAAAAAAUGGCAAGUACCGUGAAUGCAAAUAUUUCAACAGAUCAGAAAACCGAAGUAGCAGAUUCCAACGAAGAAAGUAAUCUUCAGUACACAGUAUCAAAAGUGGGAAUGGCUUCUGCUUUCAGUCAUCAGUUGAGUGGGGUCGGAGAAGAUAUAACCGUGAAGCAUACCGUUCAAGCUGUUGUCGAGUGUACAGAUGACAAUAUACCUAACCAAGUUCUUUGUGAUCAGGUUGGCGGGGUUAAUAAUAUUUUGGAAUCACCUGUUGAUGAGAGUGAUUCUUAUCAAUAUCAACAAAUGCAUCAGUGGACAUUUCCUGCACAAGUACAUACUGUUUAUAGUUCAAGUGAAGAUGAAGGUUCCAAUGGAAACACACAACUUCCUCCUCUGAAAUCCCAAUUAAAGCCUCGAAGUGGCCCAGGUAGAGGACAAAGUAUACGCUCACCAUCGCCUCCGGUGAGCAGUUCACAAAAGGAACAACGUCAGAUGUCAAGGAAACCAAACCAUUCAGGUAAACUUACAAUGAAAUCUAACUCAAAGAAUUCAACUCACGCUAACAAUGUUAUGGAUAGUGUCUGUAAAUCUUCUCUAUCGGGUCAUUCUGACCGUCGAGAUGGUGAUUUUGAUAGUGAUGAGGAUACUGCUCAACUUUUGGAUAAACAAUAUCAAGCUGAUAAACAAGUUUACAUUCCAGAACUGAAGGACAAAUCUUGCAUACAGACUGAUCGUCAACGCCGAGUUCGUGAAGUUUCUGUUCGGCAUCCCGAACAUCCGGAUAUUCUUAUACAUGGGUUAUUAUUCCGAGCACAAUAUAUGGGAAGUACUCAACUUAUGUGCAAUAAACACUCGACGCGCAUGUCCCGUAUGAUUCAAGCCCAAGAAGUGGUUAACCGUAUCAAGGCUCCAGAUGAGGAAUCUCAACCGAGUGUAACAGUUGAAUUGUUUGUUUCUACAGAGCGUAUUAUGAUACUGAAUGCUAAUCUUGAAGAUAUUUUAAUUGAUCAUACUCUGCGUACAGUUUCUUAUAUUGCUGAUAUCGGUGAAUUAUUUGUCCUUAUGUCACGUCGACCAGAUCCGACACCAUCUGACCUACCUGAAAAUAAUAAUGAGAAUACUGAGGAAAAAGAAAUAAAAGAUAUCGGUAUCAGUAAUGGUAACACUAUCAAAAACAAUAAUGACAAUCAAAAUUCUAGUUCUUCUGAGCGUCCAGUCAAUUCAUCAGAUUCCAAUAUUUCAGAAUUAACAAAAUCAACUUUAGAGGAUUUAAAAAAGCCUACUAAAAUGAUCUGUCAUGUGUUGGAAUCAGCAGAAGCCCAGUUAAUUGCUCAAACAGUUGGACAUGCAUUUCAGUUGGCUUAUCUAGAUUUUCUUAAAGAAAAUGGUAUUGAAGAUUUAGGUAUUAUAAAACAAUUGGAUUAUGAUGAUGUCCUAAAGCAACAAGAAAUAUUCUGUGAUGAACUUUCGUUAUUCUGUGAUAAAGACAAUCAUAAAGAGGUUACUAUACCGAAACAGAAAGGUGAGGCAUUGGGUGUUGUAAUUGUUGAGUCAGGUUGGGGUAGUCUACUGCCGACUGCUUUAUUAGCAAAUAUGCACCCAACUGGUCCAGCUGCACGAUGUGGACAACUCAACAUUGGUAAUCAAAUAGUGGCUGUGAAUGGUCAAAGCUUAGUUGGACUUCCUCUUUUAACAUGUCAACAAAUAAUCAAGAAUUGUCGAAGUUGUGCAACUGUUAAAUUGAUGGUUAUUAACUGUCCACCUGUUGUUGAAGUACUUAUUCGUCGUCCAAACUUAAAUUAUCAACUUGGAUUCAGUGUUCAAGAUGGAGUGAUAUGUAGUUUACUACGUGGUGGUAUUGCUGAACGAGGUGGAAUACGUGUAGAUCAUAGAAUUAUUGAAAUUAAUGGUGAAAGUGUAGUCGCUGUGUCACAUGAAAAGAUUGUACAACUUUUAGCUACUUCAGUUGGCGAAAUACAUAUAAGAACAAUGCCUACCUCAGUUUUCCGUUUGCUGACGGGACAGAUUAUUCCUCGUUAUAUAUGA